UUAAUUAUUUCAACAAAAUUGCCACGGAGUUUCUGAAAAAUUUGGAAAAGCAGAAAGCAGCAGCCAGCAGCAUACGCGGCUGCAAGCAUUGCCGCCGAGUAGCGCGCAUUUGCGAAACAACCGCAACAGCAGCACAGUUUCUUCGAAAAUCAGCAACGAGCUCCGAAUGCGCAGCGAGUCAGCAACACGCGACGAACGAUUGUAAAAAUCGAAAUAAAAAACACACACGCAUACAGACAGUGUCAAACGCAGCGACGCAGCACAGGCAUUAAUACACAGUUUGUUGCAGACACGCAAUGUGCUAGAGUGCUAGCCAGCUAAGCGCUAAGAGACAGUUGCGAUUUUACGCAAAUCAAGCAACGCGCCACACAUUUCGCAGCCAACAAGUAAAGUUAUACUUUAUAGCACCUUUCAAGCGAACAGUAAUCUUAACAACAACACGCACAACAUAUGUAGUUGAUGGCCUCAAUUGAAACAGAGAUGCCGCCGAUGCAUGCGGCUGAGACCGGUGGCGUGGCCGGUGGCGGUGUAGCCGACAAUGGCAGCAAUAACAGCAACGGCAACGCUAAUGGCGGCAACAAUGCCGCAGCAGUCGUCUCUAGCGGACCACAUUCGAACGGUAGCGGUGUCGGCGAUGCCGGACAACCGGGCACGAAUAGCAAUAAUAAUACGAUCAGCGCGGCUGCAGACUCCAGCGAUAACCAGCCGGGCACACCGCAGCCACCCACUAAUGGCCAAUUAAUUGCCAACAACGAACAGCAACAACAACAGUUGGGUCACAAUCCCUACGCCAUGUACAGUUCGGUGGCGACCACAACGAAUGGCAACGUCGGCUUGCCACAUAUGUACGGUAGCAGCAUUUACGCUACAGCUGGCAGCCAACCAGAUAUGCAGCAGCAGCAGCAACAGCAACCACCAUAUCCCAGCUAUCUGAACUCAUUCGAGCAGUUCUACCAACAGCAGCAGCAGCAGCAACAACAACAGCAACAUCAAGCGGGGGCUGCCAUGGAUUAUGGACUGAUGUAUGGCGCUGGUGGCAACAGCAAUGGCAGCAGCGACUACAAGUCCAACCAGUCGGCAGUUAGCAAUGUGCGCUAUCACCCCUACCUCAACAACCCGACUUCAUGCAGCACCGGUGACGGCAACAAUCGCAAUGGCACGCCGGAAAAUAAUACUAACGGCGUUGUUAACGGCGGCACGUUACCGCUGCCACAAAGCAGCACCGCCGUGUCGACCACCACCAAUUCGCUGAGCCCACGCUUAGUCAGCUCCAGCAGUCCAACAUCGACUUCGACACACAUGCAGUUAAGCGGUAGCUCUACAACCGGUUCGCCGGGCGGCAACUGCAAACUACAAUGCAAGAAAUGUGGACUCAUGUGCGCCAGCGACAAUGAACUGCAAGAGCAUAUUACCAAUGUGCAUGGCGCCUCGCCAUAUGGCAGCAGCGGCUACUCCAGCUCGCCGUACAUAAAGGAGGAACUCUCUUCGGGCUCGCAACAGCAGUCCACAGCCACACAGGGCGGCAAUCCGGGUGAGCUACUAGAUUUGGAUUCACAAAAGAUGGUUUAUCCGCCCGCACCGGGCAGCAUACAAUCACUGCUACAUCAUCCACACCAAAUGCAUGAGCCAGCAGGUGGCAGCGAUCCCCUGCACUCCAUGCACAGCAUGCAACAACGCGCUCUACCCGGUUGGGAGCAACCACAGCCGCCAAAUAAUGGCAUGCAGGAGGGUAUGCCAGCCUACAUGCAGCAACAGUCCACACAACCGCAGCCAGGCCAACAGCAGACUGACUUGAGCGGCAAGCCACCGCAUGCGAAUCAAUCGCCGUAUUACUCGCCCAAACAGUCGCCUUAUCAUGUGCCAGGCAGCAUGCCGAACGGCGCAACUGGCAUGUCUAUAAAACAAGAAUAUGGCUUGAUCAAAACUGAGUACCCCGACUCACAGAAUUAUGUGGAUAAGUCUUUCGAUCCCACUGUAACCGCUGAUAUAUGUCAACAACCCCCGCCCUCCGUACAACAACAGCAAAUGAUGCCGGUUUCCUCAAGCCCAGCUGAGUUUCCUACGACCACAACUGGGCCACAGGAUCCGCAACAGCAGUAUCGUGGCUUUGAGCCACCCUCUUCGUCAUCUGUUAAUCCAGUCAGUUUGCCUACUAAGGCCGCCACUUGGAAGUCGAAUGAGGCACGUCGACCGAAGACAUACAACUGCACCGCUUGCAACAAGUGGUUCACUAGCUCGGGACACCUGAAGCGUCAUUACAAUACCACCUUGCACAAGAACGCAGUCAAGUCUAGCGGUCAGCCAGAUCCAGCAACGCUGCCAAUAUCUGCGCACCAUCAUCCGACACGUGAUCCAACCACAACAACUAAGUCACAUAGCCGGCGCAAUAACGCUAGUGCCGCUGCAGCAGCAGCUGCCGCCGCCGCCGCACAACAACAGCAACCACCAGCACCGGUGCAGCCACCCGAACCGCCUAGAAAUUCGCCGGACUUUGCACAAGGUGCGGGUAUGGGCAUGUCGCAGUACUCCGCUUCACCAUCGCCGACACAACAAAUGCAGAUGAACGGUGUACCGUAUGGCGCCAACCCAGGCGGCUAUCAGCCACAACAACAGCAAUCGCAAUACUUAAAUCAAGUGCAGUCAUCGACGAAUAGUCAUUCGCCCAGCCAUAUAAAUGUGCCGGGUAUCUCGCCAAACAACUCACAAACCGUCUUGAACGGUCACCCAAACGGGUUAGCAGGUCCCUCCGCCCCAGUAACACCACAACCAAUGCCGUCCUCCCACACGAGGGGCCUGCUGAACAAAACAACAACCACUACCACAAAGAGCGAACCCUUGGAGGACAACUACCCGCACAACAGCAACAGCAACAACAGCACAAUGCACAUUCGCUCGCCACAGCAGGAAACGGAAUCGGACACGGAUCCGGAGUUGGACAACACGCUGUCGUCGGAGGAGCGGGAUCGCUCCCAAAUGGACAUGGAAAUGCUGCAGCAGCAGCAACAGCUACAACUGGAAGAGGAGGCAGCAGCAACAGCAGCAGUGGCAGCGGAACAGGCACAGGAGGCCGAGGUACAGUUACAACGCCACCGUCAGGCACAGGCGGAUCUGGAGCAGGGGGAGGAAUUGCAGGUUUUCCACCAUCAGCUGUUGGAGGAAUUGGAGGGGCCGCAACGACAUUAUCACAACACAACGCCCACGCUCAAUCCGGCGUCGGAGCACAGCAUGCGACCGCUAUCGCCCCUUAUUACCUCCCACCAGCACUACCACCAGGAGCAGCUGCAGCGUCCGCCGGGAAUGGUGGACAACAUUUUCUCUCCCAUGCAGCCGCCAGCGGCAGUCACUAUGCCAGCCAAUAUAAUGGAUCCCCAAUACAACAUCCUACCUUUGGGUAUCAACACGCCGCCGCUGCUCAGCAGCAGUAUGCAGCUGCUGCCGCCGCAGCAGCCCAUCACCAGCACCAGCACAGCUACUAUGGUCAAUAUGGGCAGCAUCCAUAUGCUGCACAGCCGCCACCACACCCAGCAAGCGGAGCCGGAACAGCCGGAGCGGCUGGUGUUACCAUCCAUGCGCAGUAUGCUGCUCAACAAUACCAGCAUACAGUCGCCGGUGGACCACAUCAAUUCCAUCACGCCGCAGCUGCUGCCGCCCAUCACCACCACCACACAGCAGCUGCUGCCGCCGCUGCAGCAGCAGCCGCAGCUGCACACCACCAACACCAUUCCAUCAUUCCAGCAGCUGCAGCAGGAGUCGGAGCUGGCGCCGCUGGAGCCCACAAUGACUUAUCACACUACUAUUGGUAAUGAGACGGCAAUGUCUAGCGAAGAUGGAGAAGUGAUUACCAUUAACAGCAGUAAUAGCAGUAACGAAAGUAACGACUACAUACACUUGUCCACAAUGGAUCCGUACAACGGAAUGCAACCACAGCAGAUGAUCACCGCUGACGGGCAAUUACUACAGUUUAUGCCCUCUUCACUAAUGGGUCAGCCGUUCUUUGCAUUGCCUCCGCAUACCACUUUACGUGAGUCAUAUCCACGUUCACCGCAAGAGGGCGACUUGCCGCCGGCUCAUACGAUUUUAGGCAAUGGUGUGAACAUGCAAGAGCACCUGUACCUACAAGAGCCAUCGCAGACAAUGGACAGCGGUGCAGUUGCACCGUAUUCACCAAAAACUGAACUGGCCAGCCCGGACACGACCAGUAAAAGCGAUAUUAAUACAACCGUUACAAACCAAAAUGAUGAAAGCGAUAGCUCAACCGCUGGCAACAAUACCAAUAUAAUCGACACAACCACCGAGAACACCACCGCGAACGGCCGAAAAAACGCCACCAAAAAAGUUGCGAAACCACGUAGACCAACUAAGCGUCAAAGCGCAUCAAAACGGAAGAUUUCGCCCUCCCAAUGCACCACUACGCCCCGCUCCAUCACGUUACCGAAUGGUCGUGUCAAAUGUCUGGAAUGCGAUAAGGAGUUCUCCAAAAACUGUUACCUCACUCAACACAACAAGAGCUUCCACUCCGGUGAGUACCCAUACCGUUGUGUUACCUGCGGUAAGCGCUUUGCUGAACCGGAGGUUCAUCGUGUGCAUAACUCACGACAUCAAGCCACCGAUAAGCCACACAAAUGUGAUCAAUGCCCCAAACAAUUUCACCACAAGACCGACUUACGUCGGCACAUUGAAGCCAUACACACGGGCAUGAAACAGCAUGUCUGUCCAUUGUGUAAUAAGGGCUUCUGUCGUAGAGAUCAUUUGCGUAAGCAUGUUGAGACACAUUCGCGUCCCAGAGUAGUCGCCAGACGUGUGCUUAAUGCCAUAGUUGCAGAGGGCUUAUUUGAUAUGACGGAACUGGAGAAACCAUACAGACCAUAUGAAAAUGACACGACUACCGAGACGAAAGACGAAGAACAAGACCAAAAUAACACUAGCUCAGGCCAGGACCAGUGCACAGAACCGAAACAACCCAAGGCUAAGAGGCGAAAAAAGAAUAGUAAUGUUAAGACCGAGCCAGUUGAGAUGCCACCACCACUAUAUACAGCACCAAGAGCGCGUGCAACGUCGACGGCUGUAAGUGGUGAAUUGGACGAGAACAGCUACUUAAUAAGUUCGACUGACGAGAGUUACAUAGAUGAAGAUAGUUUGAUUAUCGAAGAUCACGAGUUAGAAGAUGAAAAUAAUUAUAUAAUUAAGGAGGAACCAUAUGUAGAUGGUAUGCCAUAUGCAGAAGCUAUGCCAGAAAAGCAGCUGUCAGCCUUCUUUUGAUCAAGUGACAGCAGUAAUUAGUGGAAAGAAAUAUUAGAAAUACUGAAAAGGCAUUGUAGUUGGGUCAGGGUUUUUAGAGCAUUUUACAGUAAAUAAAGAUGAGGUAGAAACGUAACAUUCGAGUUAUUUGUGUAUAGAAUAGAAAUAAGAGAGUAGCAGUAAGACCAUAAACUAUUCAGAGUUUUUGGGGAAGUCUCAGCACUAGUACUUACAGCAUUUAGCGGACUCAGCACUUUGCAGCGGCGUUUGCAACGUCUGAGCUGCUAAGUAUUAGCUGCGGGUACCAAGUUUGUUAUGUUUUAGGAUGUUUGUAUUACAAGUACACUGCAAUACAAAUGGUGCUACAAUUUCGGUACAACGUAGAGAGUAGAGUGACGGAGACUCGAAUAGGAACGUUUGUAUUACUGUGUUACUAUUCUUCCUUGAAGACGAGCAAUCCGGUAAGCUUCACAGCAAUAAGAUGUUCGAGAAACGCAAGUUUCAGCACGUCUCAGUUGCUAAGACCUUCGAGCAACGCAAGUUUCAGCACGUCUCAGCUGCUGAGCACUAACUUGACGCUCCAGACUCUAAUCUUGCAGGUUUAAGAAGCUCCAGAGAGCUACAUAUAGAAGCUAGAGACCCUGCCAGCGCUUUUAACCACACGGUUCGUAAGUGUGACUGUACCCUCGGUUCAAAAGUGGGGUUCGAAUUUCUGUAGAGCUACUUCACCAUAUUAGCUAUGACUUUUAGUAGCAAACCAGUAAGGUUUCAAGUCUAGUUGAAAUAAACUGUGGACCAGACAAUAAACCGACCAAAGUAACGUAAGCGUUGUGCCAUUACAGCGGUCCGUAUACGAAAAACGCGCUAUGUUGUGUGUCUUAGCACGUAAAAUGCGAGGCGACAGUGCCUUAUCGAUGUGAAAGUGUUGAAUUCGGGAAAUUAGCGGCAAGUCCACUAAUUAGAGCUGGAUGGUUGGGAUUUUUGUGCGUUUUAAGCGCAAUAACUGUGAGAUCUUAGGGGUUAUGUUGUGCCUAACUUGACUACUGCACGAAGUUGUGCAACUAACGGCGCUGUGCACUGGUUCGGACGCCUAAAUCAUACGUUUAUUUGCGGCCUUAGCUACGAGCCGCUUGCCAAAUGCAACCAAAACCACCUCAAAAUGCCAUAUUUACAAGUACAUAACUAGAUUUGUAUGAAUUGAAUUGAAUUUAUUAUUUUCAACGCAAAUACCUCAGCAGCGAAACAAUGAAAUAUACUCAGGGUAGCCAACUAAAAAUAGUAUUA